AUGGAAGCGGCCUUCGGUGUGUACCAAUUGAUGCGUGAUUCUAGAAGCUUCGAUCCCUUCGCCAUGGCUACUGAUUCUAUUGAAAAUUCAUUCAUAUCCAUUAAUCCUUCCGAGCUACGUUUCCAAUUUGAGUUGGAGAAGCAAACAUUUUGCGAUCUUAAAGUUUUGAAUAAGACAGAGAACUUCGUUGCUUUUAAGGUGAAGACAACUUCACCUAAGAAGUACUUUGUUCGGCCUAACACCGGUGUUAUACAGUCAUGGGACUCUUGCAUCAUCAGAGUCACCCUCCAAGCCCAACAAGAAUAUCCUCCUGACAUGCAAAGCAAAGAUAAGUUUCUCAUACAAACUACAGCUCUGGAUCCAAACAUUGAUGUUGAUGAUCUUCCACCAGAUACUUUUAAUAAGAAUAGUGGAAAGUUAACAGAAGAAUUGAAACUAAAAGUUGUAUAUAUGUUUCCUACCUCACCUGGAGGAAGCACUAGAGAUAAUGCAGUGAAGAAAUCCGCACAAAAAUUUGAUACUUAUUCGAAUCAAAGCUUGCAACAACUGAAGGAGGAAAGAGAUGCUGCUGUCAGACAAACGCGGCAACUGCAACAGGAACUGGACCUGCUGAAAAGGAGGAGAAGUAGAAGUGAUCCGGGUUUCUCCUUCACUUUUGCUAUGUUUGUGGGCUUUAUUGGCGUCUUGUUUGGCUUACUUUUGAAACUUUCAUUGUCUUCACCACCCACACAAUGA